AGUAGUACAGUAGCGGAUGUGUUGAGUUUACUGAUAAAUCAGUUGCGCAUCCAAGAUACCGACUCAGCUCGUCUCUGGACUGUUGAAGUGGAUGGGAGGAAGUCACGAAAAUUACUCGAUAAAGACACCACCACUUUGCACAACUUGAAAAUCAAAAAUUUUGCUCAGUUGUUACUGGAGUUGCGAAAUGCGGAUAUGAGUUGGCCUGAGGAAGUAUCACGAUUGGAGACGUCGUCGAACGGUGAUUCAGAAUCGAGCGAGAGUGAAGGUGAACCGACGAGUUCUCAUAAUGGUGUCACUGGUAUUUACAACAUGGGUAAUACGUGCUAUAUGAAUAGUGCUAUCCAGUGUUUGAGUAAUACCAAACCACUCACUGAAUAUUUCAUCGAAGGACGACAUAAAGUCGACAUGAAAAAGUACACAUUUGCUGUAUUCAUUGAAAGCUUUCUGCUUUAG